AUGUAUAGACAAAUACCUUUAUCUGUUGCGUUCAGUAGUGAAAACCCUGACGUCAAAAUAAAGGGGAACAGAGUAACGUUUAAGUUUCCAACAGACUGGAUUGUGAACAUAAAUGAAGAGAAGUACAUUGGCAUAACAUCUAUGUAUAUAACACGUGCUUUCAGAAAGGUUGACUUUAUACUUCAAGUCGAGAUAGAAAAUGACGAACAGUCUUUAAGUGCCCAAAACAUUCACAUAUACAAAUACUUUAAAGACGAUACAACAUUGCUACAAUGUAUGACUUCAUUUAAUGAGAUGUUCGAGAAAAAGUUUAACAUUGAAGUACAAACUUUACAGCCUUUACGUGAGUUUCUUGCACAACUGAAAGAAGAAGGUAGUCAGCCACAAUUUAUAGACUUUCAUUAUGAAUUUAAUGAAAAUGAAGAUGGAACUCAUGACUGUCAGUUUGUUGUAUUCUCACCAUUCAAUGAAGUCGCUAAAAAGAAAGAAAAUCCAUUACGUAUAAGAUUUCAAAUCUCUGAACCAAGUGAUGAUUUCAAAAAUGUUUUCAAUUAUGAUGCAAUGCUUCCGAGGAAAAAUGAAUUUUCAAAGAUUGUAACACCCGGCAUUUGGGAUAGAAAGUAA